AUGUCGUCCUUUUUCACAGCACCCGCUGGGGAAAAGAAGAGGAAGCGUGCCUCUGCCAACGAAGCCCCCCAGAAGCGAGUUGCGACCGGCAAGUCGACUGCCAAAUCGUCCUCGGCCAAGGCCCCUGUCGCCAAAUCACGCCCUGCCGCCCCCAAGAAAGCCGUUGAGCGCGACGAGUCGAUAUCCGGCAGCGACAUUGACAGCGACGAUGGCGACCACCACAUCGAGAGAGAGGAUGGAUCGGAAGGAGAGGAGGAGUCGGACCACGAAGGAGAGACGGCGGCCGAGAAGCGGUUAAGGUUGGCACAGCGAUACUUGGACAAGGCACGACAAGAGGUGGAACUGGAGGAGGACGAGUAUGCCUUCGACGCCGAGCAGAUCGACCGUGACUUGCUGGCCGAGCGUCUUCAGGAAGAUGUGGCCGAGGCCAAGGGCAAGGUUUACCGCCAGCUGGCUUCCAAGCUCGACUUUGACGGAGCCGCCCACACACAGUUUAGGUGGAAUUCGGGAACGGUAACAUCAGUCUCGGUCUGCGCGCCGUACGCCUACACCACCACAAAAGACGGCUACCUCACCAAGUGGAAGCUACAAGACUUACCCAAGAACCAGUGGCCACAGACGACCAAGAAGAAGCCAAAGAAGCCGCCUGCGCCGCCCAAGAAGAAACCCGAGAGAGUAUGCUUCAACAGGGCGAACCCGACCAAGGCAAAGGACAAGACAUAUCAGGGCCACACCAACGCGGCCAUCCUGACGGUCAAGGCCUCCUCGGACGGCAAGUUCGUCGUCACCGGCGGCGCCGACAAGCGAAUGGUCGUCCACGACGCCGAGACCCUCAAGCCCAUCCGGGCCUUUACCCAGCACCGCGACGCCGUCACCUCGCUCGCCUUCCGCCGCGGCACCAACCAAAUAUUCUCCGCCUCCAAGGACCGCACGGUAAAAGUCUGGUCGCUGGACGAGCUCGCCUACGUCGAGACGCUCUUCGGCCACCAGGACGAGAUCCCCGACAUCGAUGCCCUGGCCGGCGAGCGCUGCGUGUCGGUCGGCGCGCGCGACCGCACCGCCCGCUACUGGAAGGUUCCCGAGGAGUCGCAGCUGGUGUUCCGCGGCGGCGUGUCGGAGAAGAAGUCGUACAAAAACCGGGACCAGCAGGUGGACCACGACGGCACCAUGGACCAGGUGGCCAUGAUCGACGACGAGCUGUUCGUGACGGGCGACUCGGCGGGCACCUUGGCCCUGUGGGGCAUCAACCGCAAGAAGGCGCUGUUCACGCAGCCGUGCGCGCACGGCAUCGACCCGCCGCUCAAGCCGAGCGAGGUUUCCGCCGACGCGAACGCGGACGAGAGCGUCGUGCCCACCCCGCAGCCGCGCGCCAUCACCGCCCUCCGCACCAUCCCCUACUCGGAUGUCAUCCUGUCCGGCUCCUGGGACGGCUUCGUGCGCGUUUGGCGCCUCAGCGAGGACAAGAAGAAGAUCCUCCCUGUUGGCGUGCUGGGAUCCAGCUCGGCGCUGCAGCAGCUCGACCAGGCUGAGGCGCAGAAGCAGAAGGAGGAGGCGAAGCAGAAGGCGAAAGAUUCCGGCGUAGCAACCGCAAGCAGUGGAGAGGAAGGGCAAGCGGACGACGAAGCCUCCGUCGAUGGAUCGCAAGACAAGAAGAAGAAGCAAGAGAGCGGGCUGAUCAGGGGUAUCAUCAACGACAUUGCUAUCUUCGAGCGCGGCGACCGCGGACGCGACGGCAUCUGCAUCGUGGUGGCCACGGGCAAGGAGAUGAGGCUCGGAAGGUGGAAGGUCAUGAAGGAUGGAAGGAACGGGGCUACCAUCUUUGAGGUGCCCAAGGUUGCUAGGCGAGCGGGCGCCAAGGGUGAGGAUAGUGAGGACGAGGAGGAGGCGUAG